AUGGCUCCAUUGGCUAGUUCUUCCUUAGAGGGCCCCAUCGACCAUACAUUGACGCCGGUAAAGGUCCGUGGCAAGAAGAGAAAACGCAAUGAUGCGAGUCCAGCAGUCAGGAGGAGCGAGCCGCAUUCAGAACUUGACCAAGCGGAUGAUAAUGCCGAGAGAGAGGACAAUAUUAUCUACACCAAACAAGUCCCAGGCAAACAGGGAAGCAAAAGCCGAAUUGCAGAUGGAAGAAUAACUAGCUCGAAGCGAAAUACCCUGCAAUCCAUGCCCACGGAAAUUCUAGAACAAAUAUUCUUCGAGUGUCUAGAAGUCAACCUUCUUCAAGUGUUACCACAGCUUGCACAAGCAGUAUCCACUCCACGGAUCUACCAUUGCAUAGCAACACUCGCGAUCUGGGAGGACCCAGAUGAAGAAGGUUUUAUGAAGAAUGGGAAUAUGAACGAGCAAACGAGAAACCUUUUCAACCUCAGUGAGAAGGAAAUAAUGAAAAGAUUCCGCCCCAUUGGAUAUAGGCCUCUGCCUAUUGAAGAAAAGAAAAGGCUCCAGUCUCAGAUACUCAACUGCCAUUGGGCAACAUUUAAAUUAAUUGCCUCCUGCGUCGUCGAAUGUGUUGAUUUAACACGUCUUCGAAUCAACUGUUACCAUAAGGCAAAAAUCGGGAGUGUCAAUAUUGAAGAAAUCAUGGAAGAGAUGGAAUACCGACACCUAGAAAAUUACUUAGACAAUCUCAACUUGAGAGAACCUACUGGUGCUCCCCAGUCCCUGAGACAUGCCCUUUCGAAACUCCCCGAGACUUCUGAUAUACCCGUGGCCUUCGCUUAUGUCUUUGUAAUUCCAAGCAAAGUAAUAGACGGACGACCAUGGACCCCCGAUGGCGGCUCUGUUAGUGAGAAACUCAAUUUCUUCCGGCUAUUACGCUUAUUGUUACACCCCGAGAAGGACCCCGAACCUACCCAACCAUUCUCACGAGAUGUGCUUCAUGAAGGGGUUCGCCAGGCUAUCAUUGAAAACGAUUCAACAACUGUGCAACGCCUUCUUGAGUUGGACGAAUACUGCGUUCGCUCACGAGAGUUUGCAUUCAGAAGCACGCUCUCCUUCAUUAACUCGGCUUAUGAAAUCCCACCAGAGCACUUUGUCACUGCAGUCCGUCAUAGCGAAGGUCCGGAGAUGUUACAGACUCUCGUCCGCGCAUGUGCAGAGUCGCUCCCAUACGACAACCCGGAAAUCACGGAAUGGGCACUCCAUGGCGCCGAGAAUUAUGAGUCCGGUUUUUACCAAUGGCUCCUAGAUCUUAUGGUAGAACUUCCUUCAUAUCAGAAAAUUCACAGCUCGAAUCAAAGCAUGUUUGUCUGUGGUCUACUCAAUGCGUCUGGCUUUCUAGGUUCCUCGAAGAAGGCUGCAUACAGGAAAUAUAAACGGGCUUGGAAGACUAUCCCCCUAUUAUGGGCUGUGCAGCUCGUCCUCGACGAUAAGACGGACGCGCGUGAAGAAGUGUUUCCUGGGGGUGACGGGCUUAAGUAUAAGCUUCCAGGCAACAUUCUCAGACGUUCUUUUUUCUCUGACCUCUCUACCUUGGUUUAA